UGAGUCCUACUGCGCAUGCGUUGUUGCGUCUACAAUUUCCUCUCCCCUGCAACUGAUUUCACGUUAGUGGAGUCCAGUGGUAUUAUUUUUUAUUUCACGGACCGUUUUUGCUCAGAAAGAGGUUUUCGAGUGUCUUUUAUGAGUAAUCAAAGGCAGCAGAAGCCUACGCUUACAGGCCAGCGUUUCAAAACCCGAAAAAGAGAUGAAAAGGAGAGGUUUGACCCUUCCCAGUUUCAGGAAAGCAUCGUACAAGGUCUGAAUCAAUCUGGCACUGAUUUGGAAGCUGUCACCAAGUUCCUUGAUGCCUCUGGUGCCAAGCUUGACUACCGACGCUAUGCUGAGACCCUGUUCGACAUCGUGGUGGCUGGUGGAAUGCUGGCCCCAGGGGGUACCUUGGCGGAUGACGUAGCCUGCACUGAGUUCUGUCUCUUCAAAGCACAGGAGGACAUGGAGACCAUGCAGGCAUACGCCCAGGUCUUUAACAAGCUCAUCAGGCGUUACAAAUACUUGGAGAAAGGGUUUGAGGAGGAGAUUAAAAAGCUGCUGCUGUUUCUCAAGGGCUUCACAGAGUCUGAGCGCAACAAGCUAGCCAUGCUAACAGGAAUUCUGCUGGCCAACGGCAAUCUCUCCGCAGCCAUUCUCAGCAGCCUCUUCAAUGAGAACCUUGUCAAAGAAGGUGUUUCAGCGUGCUUUGCUGUAAAACUCUUCAAAUCCUGGCUUUCUGAAAAGGACAUCAACUCUGUUUCUGCCAGUCUCCGAAAGGUUGGCAUGGACAGCAGGCUCAUGGAGCUGUUCCCUGCCAACAAGCGUAGUUGUGAGCACUUCUCGAAGUACUUCACAGACGCCGGGCUCAAGGAGCUUUCAGACUUUGCCAGAAACCAGCAGUCCAUAGGUGCUCGCAAGGAGCUGCAGAAAGAGCUGGAGGAGCAGAUGUCUCGUGGGGACCCCCUCAAAGAUAUCAUCAUCUACGUCCGAGAGGAAAUCAAGAAGAACAACAUCUCUGAGCAGACGAUGAUUGGACUAAUUUGGGCCAGUGUAAUGAGCUCUGUGGAGUGGAACAAGAAGGAGGAGCUGGUCACAGAACAAGCCAUCAAACUUUUAAAGCAAUACAGCCCACUGUUAAAGGCUUUUACCUCCCAGGGUCUCUCUGAACUUACCCUCCUGCUGAAGAUCCAGGAGUACUGUUAUGACAACAUCCACUUCAUGAAGGCCUUCCAGAAAAUUGUUGUGCUGCUCUACAAAGCUGAUGUCUUGAGCGAGGAGGCAAUUCUGAAGUGGUACCAUGAAGCCCAUGUUGCCAAAGGAAAGAGCGUUUUCCUGGAACAGAUGAAAAAGUUUGUUGAAUGGCUCAAGAACGCAGAGGAAGAGUCUGAGUCUGAGGACGAGGAGGCAGACUGAGGACCUCUAGCUAUAGCUUCCAUCUUGAUUUGUAUUUUUUUUUUUCAUUAACAUAGCACCAGAUGCAGUAGAAGGACUUGUUAAAAAAAGUCUGUAUCUUGUUUUUUUUUCCUUCUCUAUUCCCUACCUCCUACUAACUAGUUCAACUGUAAUGUAAGGGCUUUAAUAUUUUAAUUUUCAACAUGUUUUCUGUCUGAAUCAAUACCUGUACUCUUCUUUAAAGUCCUUCAGGAGACGGUCACAGUGCCACAUUUAGCUAAAUAGAUCCAAUUCCCUUUCAUGUAACAAAGGGGGGACUAUUUGACAGAUGGUUCCCUUUAAAAUUAGCCAGUUUGGAGGCAUAUUUCACAGCUAUUGUAUUCAGUCAUGGAACUUGCCAGAGGUCCAUCUGUGUAGCCAUGAUAUCCCUGUCCUCCUAAAGGCAAACAGUUUUUGUAACCACAUUUUACAUUUCUGCCAAUUAUGUGACAACUUUGAAUUUUUUUUUGCCAGUUUUCAGAUUCUGUCUCCAUUAUUGGCGGUGGAGGCGUGCCAUUUCAAACAGCAAUGGCCGUGGUUCCAAUGCAUCAUAAAAUGAACUUUAAUUGUUCUCUACAUCUUGUGUAACAGAACCAUGAAAGCAUUGUUUUUCCUUUCUCCUUUACCAUACAGUUUGACUUUUUAAAAUAAAGGGAAAUUAAUGGUU